CGGAUGAGAAGGAGAGGAUCGAGGGCUUCGUGGCCGAGGGCAAGCCCCUGGACGAGGUCUCGCGUGACUUCGACCUAUGCGUGAGCCUUGGAGUUCGCGAGUAUCUAGAGCACCUCAUUGGCAUGGACUUUGCCAUGAUCUCGUCCUCCUCGGGUGUCCAAGUCUUCACGAACAGGCUCACUGGCCAGCAACCGGUUCCGACAGAGGUUGAGGGUCUCAGCGGGAGGCGCCGGUUCGACUGGCUGAAAGACAAGGACAACUUGUUUCGCGCAUUCCUCCACCGACUAAAGGACUUGUUCACCGGCCAUCUGAUCGAGCACAAUGUUGUGGUAAGUGGAUCGGGAACUCGCAAAGAAAGAGAGACUGAUGGGUCCAAAGGUGUACCAGGACAUCAAGUUCGAGAACUGGGGCCUCGACAUCGACUAUGUCCCUCGCUACACCUGCAUCCCCAACUCAGUUGCCAGCGUGCAGCGGAUCGUCAAGUACGCCAAGAAACACAAUAUGCGCGUCCGCUGUGCCGGGUACCGCCACUCGUGGGCACCCAUCUAUGGCGACCACGGGCAGAUCACCAUCUCGCUGGUCAACCUGGCCGAAGCCACCAAACUUCCCAAUUUCACCGCCCUCUCCAAGCUUCUGCCGGAGUGGCUCCUCCACCGAAACGGACUCCAGACCAUCGAGGUCGUCUCCGGCAAGCCCCGAGUGGAGGGCAAUGCUCUGGUGCGCGUGGGAGCCAGCACCACCAACGAACAACUGCGGCGCUGGUGCGUCGAGAAUAACAAGUACACGUACCCGCUGAACGUGAUCAUGGUCGAGAUGACGCUGGGCGGCAGCAACGCGCCCAUCUGCCACGGUGCCGGCCGCAGGCACCAGACGCUGAGCGACCUCGUCCGCAAGGUCGAGUACGUCGACUGCAACGGCCGGCUCCAGGUCGUCACCGACCCGCACCACCUCCGCGCCGCGGCCGGCUGCUUUGGCCUGAUGGGCGUCAUCACACACCUCACGCUAGAAUUCGCGCCCAUGACCUACGCCCUGAUGCAACCCAAGAAACUCCCCGUGGUCCGCGCCAUCCCGCCCCCGGCCGACCUCCCCGAAUCCGCCAUCCCGCCCGCCCUCCGCAUGCCAAACCUCACCCCAGCCGACCGGGCCUCCGACCUCGCCCGGUUCAAGGACAUGGCCGCCAACUGGUACUACUCGGAAUGGUUCUGGUUCCCCUACGCCGACCAAUGCUGGGUGAACUGCUGGAACAACACGACCUCCCCUGAGGGCGCCGAGGAAUACCCCUCACCAACGCAGACCUUUCUCAUGUUCCUCUCCCAGUUCACCACCAAUGUGCUGCAGAACGCGCCGGUACUCACCGAGCUGAUCCAGACCCUCCACCUGUCCGAAGCCGCCGUGACGCUGCUCUCCGAGGCCGCCAUGCUCGCCCUCCCGGAAUUUGACUACCCUCCGGGCCUAAAAACCUACCUGCCCAACGCGCUGCACUUCCAGCGCGGCAUCCAAAACGUCAGGGUGCUCAACGUCGAGGUAGCCAUCGCCUUGCCUCCAGUUCCUGCGGCGGCAUCAUCAACACCCCGGGCUGAUGUGUCGGGGGGGAAACCUCAGCAGCAGCAGCCGGACUGGGAAGUCGUGCAGCGGGCGUGGUGGCACGCCAUCCUGACAUGCUACCGGCACAGCCGGACCGCGCCGCAGAGCAUGCCGCUCGAGAUGCGCAUCACGGGCGGGAGCGAGAUGCUCAUGGCGCCGCAGCGCGGAAACGGGCUGGGAACGUGCGCCAUCGAGGUGCUGACCCUCGAGGCCGCGCGGGAGUUGUGGCUGCCGUAUGCCGAGGAGGUGGUGGACGGCUGGUUGCGCCUAAGGGAUUCUGAGGGAAAGAGGGUCAAAGUCAGGCCGCAUUGGGCGAAGCAGUGGAUGGGGCUCAAGGUCGGGGAGGGUGGUGGGAGGCAGUGGGCCGAGCAGUUGAAGGAGGAGUACGAAAAGGAGCGGCGCGAGUUUUUGGGUGUGCUAGGGGAGAUUGGGAAGAGGCAUGGCUGGGGACUGCAGGAUCUGCGGAGGAGGUUUGGAAAUGAGUUCUUGGAUUGGUUCUAUUUUGAGGAUUGAUGUCAGUGAUGAAGACCUAGAGUGAGUGGUGGACUUUGCAGGAGAGGGAGGCAGGGCCAGUGUGCUGGUCGGCGACGUGCUGUUUUGAGUCCCAGGGUUCUUCCAUCUUUU